AUGAAGGCGGUGACUGGUACUGUGACCUCGUCGAAACCGAUCUCUCUAUCUAAAGCUUCUACGGCCCUCUCCCGCUUCGCCGCCGGCGACAACGGAGCUCGCCGCGAGAUCUCCGCCUACUUGAAGCGUGUGUCCAAUGCUUUCCCUGAUCCCGUUCAGGUGCACCGAGAGCUGAGGUUCAUAAGGAAGGGGGCAGGCGUCGAGAUCCAGCGAGAGGUCGAAGAUGAGGACGAAUCGAGUAGGAGCAGGAAGAAGGAGGAACAGAAGGAUCCAAAGUCUAGGGUAAGUUUGCAAGCUAAUGCUAAGGUCAAAGUAGAAGUUGUUGACGAGGAGGUUGAGGAUGAGGCGGAGGAGAGGAGAAAGAAGAAGAAUAAAGAAAAGAGGAGGGAAAAAGAAGUGGUGGAUAAUGGAGAGGGGAAGAAGAGAAAGCAUUUGAGUGUUGAAGAAGCAAAGGGGUCAAUGGAGGAUGGAAGCGAGAGGCGAGAAAAGUAG